AUGGCACAUCCUUCACAGCUAGGUUUUCAAGAUGCAGCUUCACCAUUAAUAGAAGAACUCCUCCACUUCCAUGAUCACGCCCUAAUAAUCGUUUUCCUGAUUAGCGCUUUCGUCCUAUACAUUAUUGUAGCCAUAAUCACCUCUAAGCUAACGGACAAACUUAUUCUAGACUCCCAGGAAAUUGAAGUCAUCUGAACCGUCCUCCCGGCAAUAGGUUCAAGUCAAAUCGCCAUCCUGUCCCUACGAAUCCUUUAUCUUAUGGAUGAAAUUAAUGACCCACACCUUACCAUUAAAGCUAUGGGCCAUCAAUGAUACUGAAGCUACGAGUACACAGACUAUCAAGAUCUUGGCUUCGACUCCUACAUGGUCCCAACACAAGAUCUUACUCCCGGCCAGUUUCGGCUCCUAGAGGCAGAUCACCGAAUGGUAAUCCCCGUAGAAUCCCCAAUCCGAGUCCUCAUCUCCGCAGAAGACGUACUUCAUUCUUGAGCCGUACCAUCCCUGGGCGUAAAAGUAGAUGCAAUUCCUGGCCGGCUCAACCAAACAACCUUUAUUGUUAACCGACCAGGCAUCCUCUACGGACAAUGCUCUGAAAUCUGCGGGGCUAACCACAGCUUCAUACCCAUUGUGAUCGAAGCAGUUCCCCUGCCACACUUCGAAAACUGAACAUCGCUAAUAAUGGCAGAAUACACCUA